AUGGCGCAGCGAACGGUCCUCGUCACUGGUGCCACCGGAUUAUUGGGUAGAGAAGUCGUCGCCGCCUUUCAUAACCGUAGUGGAUGGACCGUCAAGGGCUCGGGCUAUUCACGGGCGGAUGGUGCUGAUAUCCUCAAGCUCGACCUGGAGAGCGGAGCUGAUAUUGCCAAAACACUGGACGAGAUACGACCCCACGUGGUGGUUCAUUGUGCGGCGCAGCGCUUCCCAGACAAGGUGGACAAGGACCCAGAAGCGGCCAGAGCUCUCAAUAUCGCCGCCAGCAAGACGCUUGCCAGUGCCACUGCGGCUCGGGAAAUUUUGAUGAUUUACAUCUCCACUGAUUAUGUCUUUCCUGGGCGGCCAGGCGACGCCCCUUACGAAGCCGAUGCCACCCCAGCCCCUACUAACCUUUACGGCCAAACGAAGCUGGAUGGCGAAAAAGCCGUGCUGGAAGAGUACGCUGUGGCUGGAAAGGAGGGCCUCGGGGUCACUCUUCGAGUCCCGGUGCUCUACGGCCACGCAGAAACACCCUCUGAAAGCGCCGUCAACGUGCUGAUGGAUAGUGUUUGGAAGGCCCAGACGGAGGGCACCAAGAUCAAAAUGGAUCAUUGGGCCAUCCGCUACCCGACUAACACGGGAGAUGUAGGACGAAUUUGUCAUGAUGUGGCAACCAAGUACCUCGACUCGGGGGAUCGCAAGUCUUUUCCCCGGACGCUCCAGUUCUCGAGCGAAGACAAAAUGACAAAGUACGAGAUCUGCCAACACUUUGGCGACAUCAUGGGCUUGUCAAUUGCCAACAUUGAACCCAACACGGAGGGCAACGAGCCCAACGCCAGCGUGCAGCGGCCGUAUGAUUGCCACUUGAGCACGCGAGAGCUCAAGAAUCUCGAGAUCGAUGUCUCAACGUGCGAUUUCGUCAGCUGGUGGCGCCGCGAGGUUCGAGCGUUUCGCAAGUAG